CCUGGAGGAAGAACGGCACAGACGGAGGGAGGCUGGGGUUGGCAGAGACUGGGACAGAAGUCCCUCAGCCCCCCAAGAGCCUCCUUCAUGGACCCGGGAAUCCCCAGAGGGGCUGCCUCAACUUAGGAUGGGCAACUGUGUCAAGUCUCCACUGAGAAAUCUCUCAAGGAAGAUGUGCCAGGAGGAACAGACCAGCUACAUGGUGGUUCAGACGAGCGAGGAGGGGCUGGCGGCCGACACCGAGCUCCCAGGACCGCUCCUGAUGCUGGCCCAGAACUGCGCAGUCAUGCACAACCUGCUGGGCCCUGCCUGCAUUUUCCUGCGCAAGGGCUUCGCUGAGAACAGGCAGCCUGAUAGAUCACUGCGACCAGAGGAAAUCGAAGAGCUCCGAGAGGCCUUCAGAGAAUUCGACAAGGACAAGGAUGGCUACAUCAACUGCCGGGACCUGGGCAACUGCAUGCGCACCAUGGGCUACAUGCCCACUGAGAUGGAGCUCAUCGAACUGUCCCAGCAGAUCAACAUGAACCUGGGUGGCCACGUAGAUUUUGAUGACUUCGUGGAGCUAAUGGGGCCUAAACUCCUGGCAGAGACAGCAGAUAUGAUUGGUGUAAAGGAACUGCGAGAUGCUUUCCGAGAGUUUGACACCAAUGGUGAUGGGGAAAUAAGCACCAGUGAGUUGCGAGAGGCUAUGAGGAAGCUCCUGGGCCAUCAGGUGGGACACCGAGACAUAGAGGAAAUUAUCCGAGAUGUGGACCUCAAUGGGGAUGGACGAGUGGACUUUGAAGAGUUUGUCCGGAUGAUGUCCCGCUGAGGCCGCGGGGGCCCCUCCAGGACUGCCAAGCUCCCAAUGGCGGGGCGAAGAGGAGCCAGAGCUUGCCUCACCCGCCGUAGCCGCCGAGAGCCCAGGAUGUAUUGGCGGAUGGGGCCUGCCUGCACCCCGGGGAGGCGCCCACCCCGGACCCCCACCCCUCCGCACUGUGAAAGACUCACUCCUGCAACUGGAAAGCGGGGGCGCCCGCCGACGAGGAGGCCACCGUGCCAAGCCGGCAGAGGUCAUGCCAGGCGCCAAGGGCCAUGUGCCCAGCUGCUGCUGGCUGGGUGGGCCAGGGAGCCCGCCAGCAGAUCCCACACAGCAUGUCCGCCCCAGGGCAAAGCCUCCCACCUUCGCUCUGCGCCCCUCCCAGCUCGCCUCAGCCCUGUUAUCUCAGAACCAAUAAAAAUAUUUCCAAGAGCAA